GUGCGUCCUGCGAUUGGUGGGGGACAGGGAAAGGUACCCAGCGUUGGCGCGCCGUGGGCGGGUGGCAGGCCUGUUUAUAACCCAGAUCUCUCCCUGUGGGCGGGAACAGCAACAGUAGAGAGUGAAAGUGACGCGGAAUGAGAGUGAGGGAGACGGUGGAGGAGACGAGGCUGUGGCGGCGGCUGUGGUUGACCAGGGCUCGCAGAGGGGGCGAGGCGGCCGCCCCUGUAUGCGUCUUCAACCGCGCAUGGACGACCACCUCAGCCUCCUGCAAUCACCCCCGCCGAGCGCGACCAAAACACGGGGCGACAAUCUGGUGAACCACGGAUACACCGAGACAGAGGCCGACGUGAUGACCGUGGUGGCGUGUGACAACAUGCUGGAAGAGUCAUCGGCUCUCCCAGGCCAUCACUCUCUGGACCGAUAUGAACCCGAUCAUGAAUGUUGCGAGAGGGUGGUCAUCAACAUCUCAGGGUUACGCUUCGAGACGCAACUCAAAACUCUCUCCCAGUUUCCAGAGACGCUGCUGGGUGACCCCAAGAAGAGGAUGAGGUACUUUGAUCCUCUCCGGAACGAGUACUUUUUCGACAGGAACCGACCCAGCUUUGAUGCAAUCCUUUAUUACUACCAGUCCGGGGGGCGCAUCAGAAGACCCGUAAAUGUCCCCAUUGAUAUUUUCUCGGAGGAGAUCCGCUUUUAUGAGUUGGGUGAGGAAGCUAUGGAGAAGUUCAGGGAGGAUGAGGGCUUCAUAAAAGAAGAGGAGCGGCCGCUGCCAGAGAAUGAAUUUCAGAGACAGGUGUGGCUGCUUUUUGAAUACCCGGAGAGCUCGGGUCCUGCGCGGGGCAUCGCGAUAGUGUCCGUCCUGGUCAUUCUCAUCUCCAUUGUCAUUUUCUGUUUAGAGACAUUGCCGGAGUUCAGGGACGACAACAGGGAUCAGAUCACAAUUGCACCUGUGAUAAAUGGCACGCUCCCUUAUUUCAUCAGCCCCUUCUCAGACCCGUUCUUUGUGGUGGAGACGUUGUGUAUCAUUUGGUUCUCCUUCGAGCUCCUGGUGCGCUUCUUCGCGUGCCCAAGCAAAGCCACAUUCUCCAAAAACAUUAUGAACAUUAUUGACAUCGUGGCCAUCAUCCCUUACUUCAUAACACUUGGCACAGAGCUGGCAGAAAGGCAGGGGAACGGACAGCAGGCCAUGUCUUUAGCCAUACUGCGCGUAAUUCGGCUCGUUCGGGUGUUUCGUAUUUUCAAACUUUCACGCCACUCGAAGGGGCUGCAGAUUUUAGGACAGACUCUGAAGGCCAGCAUGCGAGAGCUAGGUCUGCUCAUCUUUUUUCUGUUCAUCGGCGUUAUCCUCUUCUCCAGCGCUGUCUACUUUGCUGAAGCAGACGACCCAGAUUCGGGGUUCAGCAGCAUUCCGGAUGCAUUCUGGUGGGCUGUGGUAACCAUGACAACAGUGGGCUACGGAGACAUGCACCCCGUGACAAUAGGGGGGAAGAUUGUGGGGUCACUGUGCGCCAUCGCUGGUGUGCUAACCAUCGCUUUACCUGUGCCUGUCAUCGUCUCCAACUUCAACUACUUCUACCACAGAGAGACAGAGGGCGAGGAGCAGGCACAAUACCUGCACGUGGGCAGCUGUCAGCCUCUCGCAGACACAGAGGAGCUGAGGAAGACUCGCUCCUCUUCAUCCCUAAGCAAGAGCGAGUUUAUGGUGAUAGAGGAGCAAGGGAUACACAGCGCGUUCAAACAGCAGCCUAACUUCCCCACCACGACCAACACCACGCAGCAAAACAACUCUCAGAACUGUGUCAACAUAAACAAAAAGAUUUUCACGGACGUGUAGCCCACAAAAGAGUCAUGGCCCUGAUCACAGGACGAGUUGGCGUGAAAACACGCAGUCAUUGAGCACGAGCGUGUAGAAGCAAUGUAAUAUCAGAUGAAGAGAGCAAGAAAGGAAAGAGAGCAAUCCAUGUGUUCAAAGACGCUGCUUUGUGCUCCAUUCAGAGAAUCAAGAUUUUUCAUUUCAGUGAUCUGAAUCCAUAAUUAUCUGUCGUUCCAUUCGCGCUUGGAGAGAGAGUUCUGUAUUACGCCUACUUUUCUUGUCUGAGCGAGGCAAUCGACCUGUUGUGCACUGUGCAAUAGCCAAAAUAUGACCACAACAGGUAGUAAUAGAAGCUUUAUAACUGACGAGUAGCCUACAUAUGUAAGAACACAUCAACGUUAUGAAUCGUGAUUCGUCUGUCAUAGCCUGUGUAUAAUAUUCAGAAUCAUUUAAAUAUCUGUGUGUGUUGAAAACACAUGUAAUGUCUGAAAACACAGUUCUGCAUAUUAUUCCAUUAGACAGUUCUGUGCUCUGCCUUUACUGUGCGUUAAAGUCUUACAAGAAACAACCCCAAAUAAUUCCUCUUAAUGAACUGUUCCCAUGCGCCUUUGCACGGCACCGUGUAAACACAGGAGCCGUGCAGGAGCGUCUCAUUAUCGGUGCGAUGCACACGUGAGAGACACGGCGCUCCUUCACGCGCACACAGCGAUGAUCAAAGAUGGCGCGCACCUUUCUUUGGAUUCCUCAAAUAAUAGCCCGCUGUGAUGCAGUCUCCAUGGUGAUGGACGUUUCCUCGGUAACCCCGGUCCCCGUUGCCAUGGCACCCUUGUUACCACAGUAACCCCCCCAGAUGGCUUGGAAAGUAUAUUGAAGUUUCUCAUCCCGAAAGUCAAUUUGUGAUAAGACUGUUGCGUGCGUAAAACACAAGCCCAGACAUGCGCAGCUCUAUCAGCCUGAAAAUCAAGCAUACCCACUGACUUCAGCAUUGACACACAUCAAAUUGAUGUAACAUCAAGUAGUUAAACUAUAACAAUGAACUACCCCUUAUAAAUGAAACAAGCCAUGCAUGAUUUGGGAGAAGUGGAAGGAGAGGAAUUAUGAAUGGACUUGGGAGCACGUUAUGUCUGGAUGUCUGGAGUGCACCACUGCGAGCGACCAGCAGAGGUCACUGUUCUCCCAUUGAUGGAACUGGUGAAGGUUUUUCCAUUUUUCUGCACAGACCUCCGGGAACAUCUGAUGACCGCAAUUAGACUGCCUAAAAUUUAGGAAUGCAAUGACUCUGGUCUUCCUGUUGGGCCUGACAGGCCAAAGAUAAAAGUUGAGACAGAACUCCCCCUGGAUCACUUCCCCCUACUCUGUCUUGUUUCUUCAACCAGGACUUAUAAAAAAAACAUUGCCUUGCUAAUCACUCCCUCCAGUGGAUCAAUACUAAAUCCAAAAUGCAAUCACAAGAAAAAAGAUAAAAACA